AUGGACCCGGACGGAACAGUCGCGCGUCAGCGGUCAUCGCUGCUGCCGUGGCUGCUGCUUCUGUGGUCCAGGCUGGCUCUGGGCGCGCUUCCCUUUGGCAGCAGCUCCCACCGGGUCCUCCACGACCUCCUGUCGGAGCAGCAGUUGCUAGAGGUGGAGGACUUGUCCCUGUCCCUGCUUCAAGGUGGAGGCCUGGGGCCGCUGUCCCUGCCCCCGGACCUGCCGGAUCUGGACCCAGAAUGCCGGGAGCUGCUGCUGGACUUCGCCAACAGCAGCGCAGAGCUGACGGGGUGUUUAGUACGCAGCGCCCGGCCCGUGCGCUUCUGUCAGACCUGCUAUCCUCUCUUCCAACAGGUCGUCAACAAGAUGGACAACAUCAGCCGAUCUGUGAGGAAUACUUCAGAAAGUCACAAUUGUGCCAGAAGUCUCUUAAUGGUAGAUCGAGUGCAAAUAGUUGUGAUCCUCUCUGAGUUCUUUAAUUCCACAUGGCAGAAAGCAAACUGUGCAAAUUGUUUAACAAACAACAGUCAAGAAUUGUCAAACAGCACAGUGUAUUUCCUCAGUCUUUUUAAUCAGACCCUGACCUGCUUUGAGAAUAACCUUCAGGAAAGCUCACACAGUCUUCUGCAACCAAAAAAUUACUCAGAAGUAUGCAAAAACUGCCGUGAAGCAUACAAAACUCUGAGUAGUCUCUACAAUGAAAUGCAAAAAAGUAAAGAAGCUGAGAAUAAGGCGGAUCCUAGGACACAUUUAUGCAUUGAUGUGGAAGAUGCAAUGAACAUUACCCGAAAACUCUGGAGUCGGACUUUCAACUGCUCGGUCCUUUGCAGUGACACAGUGCCUGUAAUUGCUGUCUCUGUGUUCAUUCUCUUUCUACCUGUGGUCUUCUACCUUAGCAGCUUUCUUCACUCGGAGCAAAAGAAGCGUAAACUCAUUCUGCCUAAACGACUGAAGUCCAGUACCAGCUUUGUCAACAUUCAUGAAAAUUCUAACUGA